UUAGUUACAGUUACAGUCUUCAUUGAUACUUUCGCCAUUAGUAAGCUUCUGUGGUCAUUUGCAACAUAUUAGCCAUUACUCGCUAUUGGUCAUGGAUUUUUCUUCUUCCUCUACUCCAUCAGCCUCGCCCCUGCAACUCGCCAUGGCUGCUCUAGUCGGAGCAUCGCUUAUGGCCAUUUCCGCUUUUUACAUUCAUAAGCGCAGCGUUGAUCAGGUUCUCGAUCGUCUUAUCGAACUCCGCAAGUGUCCUUCUAAUGCCCGACCGCAAACAUUUGAUACGGAAGAAGAUGAAGGCCAAGAUGAACAAGAAGAUGAGGAUGUUGCCUCCGACAUUGAUAUAGAUCGACGAUUCUGGAGACAAGGCGUUUCUUCGUCUUACAGAGUUUCUUCCUCUAUGCCCAAUGCACUAUUAGCCAAUGACUGGAUGAAUGAGGGUUCCAAGUUCACUCAACCUGCUUCUUUCGAUAAACUCAACCUCAUUCCUUCUGGACUCCCCUCACUGCAGACUGCUCGAAGACAUGGUAGCAGUCAAUCUUUAGGCUGUUCUGCUCCCAACAAGAAUAUGACAUCCACAUUUCGGCCGAUGACACCCAAAUCCCCAGGUCGACAUGCAUUUGAACUUGUAGAGGACUCUGAUGACGGAGGCUAUGUUGCAAAUGAAGAUGACAACUAUUUCAACCCUGAUAAUGGAAAUUCUACUCAAGCGGAUAUUAUAAAUACUGCAGAUUCAAAUAUUCGAGAUCCAUUAGUUGGUUCAUUCGAAGUAGAGAUUGCUACUUCAGCUCAAGAUCAGAAAUAUGGAGCAACUGUACGUAAAUCAACUUCUAACGCAGAUUUGAAUGGAAAUCGAGAGGUAGAGACAGCUGCUUCUGUUGUGUUACCCCUGAAAAGUGCAGGACAUGAUGCACCAAAUGGAGAAGAGGAAGAGGUACUAAUAAUGAUUCGUGAAUGCUUGGCUUUACGGGAGAGAUAUGUUUUUCGAGAACAUGUUGUACCAUGGAUGGACGGAACUGUUAUACAGUCUCACUCACAAGAGCUGCGCACUGAUCCUUUUUAUUUUGAACCUGUUGAACCAACUACACACUAUUUUAAGAUGGAGGAUGGUGUUGUACAUGUUUAUGCAAGCAAGGAUGAAACCAUAGAACUUUACCCAGUUGCAAGUUCAACAGAAUUCUUCACCGAUAUGCAUUACAUACUAAGAGUUAUAUCUCUUGGAAAUACCCGCUCUGAAUGCCAUCACCGACUGCGCUUUCUUGAGGAGAAAUUCCGUCUUCAUCUGUUAAUAAACGCAGAUCGUGAAUUCUUAGCUCAGAAAAGUGCACCUCACCGUGAUUUCUACAACAUAAGGAAGGUUGAUACACAUGUUCAUCAUUCUGCAUGCAUGAAUCAGAAGCAUCUUCUCCGCUUUAUAAAGUCAAAAUUGAAAAAAGAACCGGAUGAGGUUGUCAUAUUCCGUGACGGAAAGUAUCUCACUCUUAAAGAAGUUUUUGAGAGUUUGGAUUUGACUGGGUAUGACCUCAAUGUUGAUCUCUUGGAUGUUCAUGCAGACAAGAAUACAUUCCAUCGCUUUGACAAAUUUAAUCUUAAGUAUAAUCCAUGCGGACAAAGCAGACUCAGAGAAAUCUUCCUAAAGCAAGACAAUCUUAUCCAAGGGCGUUUUUUGGCCGAAGUGACAAAGGAAGUUUUUUCUGAUCUAGAAGUCAGCAAAUACCAGAUGGCAGAGUAUAGAGUAUCAAUCUACGGGAGGAAACAGAGUGAAUGGGACCAGUUGGCAAGUUGGGUCAUCAAUAAUGCAAUUUAUAGUAAAAAUGCGAUUUGGUUAAUCCAGCUACCACGAUUAUACAAUAUCUACCGGAAAAUGGGAAUUGUGACAUCCUUUCAGAAUAUUUUAGAUAAUGUCUUCAUUCCACUUUUUGAAGUCACAGUUGACCCAAGUUCUCAUCCUCAGCUACAUGUUUUCCUCAAGCAGGUUGUUGGUCUUGAUCUUGUGGAUGAUGAAAGUAAACCAGAAAGACGUCCCACUAAGCACAUGCCCAAGCCAGCUGAAUGGACGAAUGAAUUUAAUCCUGCAUAUUCUUACUAUGCAUAUUAUUUCUACGCCAAUUUAUACACUCUCAACAAGCUUCGGGAAUCUAAAGGAAUGCAGACGAUCAAGUUCCGGCCUCACUGUGGAGAGGCAGGUGACAUUGACCACUUGGUUGCUGCAUUCCUUGUAUGCCAUAAUAUUUCUCAUGGGAUUAAUCUUAGGAAAGCCCCUGCUUUGCAGUAUCUGUAUUAUCUAAGCCAGGUUGGCUUAUCUAUGUCUCCCUUGAGCAACAACUCCCUGUUCCUGGAUUACCAUCGCAAUCCAUUUCCAAUGUUCUUUCAACGUGGCUUAAAUGUUUCACUCUCAUCAGAUGAUCCUCUUCAAAUACAUUUGACCAAAGAACCGCUUGUGGAGGAAUAUAGUGUUGCAGCAAAGGUCUGGAAGCUCAGUGCUUGUGACCUCUGUGAGAUUGCUAGAAAUUCAGUCUAUCAAUCUGGAUUUUCCCAUGCAGCAAAGGCACAUUGGCUUGGGAGCAAGUAUUACAAGCGAGGCCCCGAGGGAAAUGAUAUUCGUAAGACAAAUGUACCACACAUGAGAAUUUCCUUCAGAAAUGAGACGUGGAAGGAGGAGAUGCAGUAUGUGUACUCGGGAAAAGCCAAGUUUCCUGAAGAAAUAAUCCCCUGAACCAUGU